AUGAUAGAAAAUUUUAAAUAUGAUACUUCAAAACAGCCUUCAAUAUCACGAGAACAGUCAGUCCUAUCAUCAGGUCAAGUCAUGUCAACAGUUAAAUAUGAUGAACAUACGGAAGCCGCCCCAAUUACUUACGUAAUGUUUGCUGGAGGUCUUGGUGGUUCAACAGCUGAUUUUUUGAUGCAUAGUAUAGACACUGUAAAAACUAGAUUACAAGGUCAAAAAUUUACCAAACCUCCAAAAUAUCAAAAUAUGCGAAAUGCUUAUACCACAAUUUUGAAGCAAGAAGGACUUGUGCGUGGAUUAUAUGGUGGGGUGACACCUGCCAUAAUAGGAUCCGUACCAGCGACAACUAUUUAUUUUGGAACAUAUGAAAUUACAAAACGUAAGAUUACAGCUUUUGGAAUACCAGACACUAUUGCACAUUUAACGGCUGGAUCCGUGGGCGAUGUGAUGGCAUCUUCAGUUUACGUUCCUUCUGAAGUUCUUAAAACUCGUCUACAAUUGCAAGGUCGAUAUAAUAAUCCACAUUUCUUUAGUGGAUACAAUUAUAAAAAUACUUGGCACGCUGCGCAGAUGUUAUACAAGUUUGAAGGUCCAGGUGCAUUUUAUAACGGAUACAGAGCUACACUAUUACGUGAUGUUCCCUUUUCAGCAUUACAAUUUGCAUUCUACGAGAAAUUCAAAGUAUGGGCGAUACGAUACACAACCACUAAACAAAAUCCUCAAUUAAGUCUUGAAUGGGAAAUUAUAAUUGGAACCUUGGCUGGAGGUUUGGCAGGUGCUUUGACAACACCAUUGGAUGUUAUGAAAACAUUACUUCAGACUCAAGUUGAAAAACAAUCAAAAGCAAAGAAAUCAUUUUCUUCAAAGCAAACAACUACAACGACUUCUAGCACGAUAAAAAUAUCCCAUUAUCAUUAUAAUGGAAUAUUGGAUGGGUUGAAUUGGAAUUAUAAACAUUAUGGAAUAAGUGCUCUUUUUCGAGGACUUUGGCCACGUGUCGCAUGGACAGCUAUGCAAAGUGGAAUGAUGUUUGUUAUCUAUGAACAAGUAUUAGAAUUAUUGGAAAAAAUGUCUCAUUAA